AUGAUUGGUUUCUCACUGCCGAUUGCUGCACUUGCUAAUAUUCUAACGAUAACUGCUGCAACUUUAUCAUUGAUUGCUCAACUUGCCGAGACACGAUUGAUGACGGUUGCAACUCUUAGAGUGAUGCCCAUAAUCGUCACAUCCAUAAUAGUUGUUGCAUUUGCUGGAUUUGUGUCACCAAUUGUUGCUCUUGUUGAGAUUGUACCAGCAGUUGUUGGAUCGACCAAGACCAUGUUGGUGAGGACUGAGCCGACACCAAUGAUAACUGAACCUACGUGGACUCUAUCCAUUGUUGAAUUUGCAACUGCGUAUGAGACUGGACUGACUGUGAAAUCUCAUGAAUUGAUUGAGGCUGGAUCUCUGUCAAUGAUUGAUGCUGAGCUGAUUCUAGAGACUAUGCUGUUUGGCUAUGUCGUAAUUGCGCCUGUUGCAUCAGCACUGUUGCUGAAUCAUUAUUCUGAUGCUGAAUCGGUUGUAAGCGAACCUACUGGGCCGGUGUCGCUGGCCACUGGGACUGCGUCGAUUCUAACUGCACAGAUUGUGUUGUCUACUGAUCGGCUUGCUGAAACUCUACUGGCCAUGAACAGGACUGCUGGGUAUGCAUUAGUGAUAGGUGACUCUGUUGUGACUGCGAUGAUAGCUGUUGAAAGGUCAUCGUCGGCUGCUGAAAUUGUUGGGACUCAUGAUCAAAAGCCGUAG